AUGAAUCCUGUGGGAGCAAUGAAAUCAAUGAUGGGAAUGGUUGGAUCUAACCUGGUUAGUUCAGCAAAGCAUGCAACUAAGCAAAUGGUGAGCAAGAUCCGUGAAAAAACCGAUCCUAGAUCUUAUAGUAGCUCUAAGAGGAAUAGAGGUAAAGCUAACAAUAAUCGUCAUAGAGAAAGUUCUGAUAUAAACGAUAGUGAUGAUCUGGAUGAUUCUAUGUUACCAAAAAAAGUGGAUGAUGAUAAGGGAGUAAAAAUGAAAAAUUUAAAUGAAGAAAAUCAGGAAACAAAUAGUGAUUUGAGUCAAAUAUCAUCAGACGAUGAGUCAAUUUUAGAUUUUAGAGAUCGGGUUGUAACAGAGCAAGAAUUUAAGAGAUUAACAGAACUACUUAGUAGAGAUAUAAAAGUAACCAAUAGGGGGAACUCCGAAAUGGAAAAACAGAUAUGGUUAACUCCGAGAAGAUUUAGGACUACAAUACGAUCAGUACAGAUUGAAAACUUAACAAAAGUUGAACAGAAAAACGUAUUUUUGGAAUUUUCAUUUGGAGGAACAUUGACAGAAGUUAGAUUAUUGAACAAAAGUACUGGCCAAGAGGUCCCAAGAUUAUUAGGAUACCCACCUUGUAAAGAGUUUUUUACGCAUACUGUUGAUAUUAAGCCAUUUUAUCUUGAAAAUAAUGAUGAAUUACUUAUUGACAUACCAGAUGAUGAAGGUAAAGAUUAUAUGGACCUUAAAAAUAACAAUUCAAUAGAAAUUUCAUUGGAUGAAACUUUUGAAUGGAGAGGAAGCUAUUUACACAUGGAAAGGGAAUUAUUUAGAAUUAUCGCUUGGAGAGCUAAUUCAGGUACCGUUAAUGAUUUAUUAGGAUACAAUGAAGAUAUCUUAAAGAAUUACGCAACAGGAAGUGUUAAUCAAAUGAUUACCUUAUCGAAGAGAACCCAAAGUAAUAUAUCAAAUCCUAUAUUCAGAAUUACAUUACAAAUUAUAUUUCAAGAAAUAUAUGAUUUUCAACUGAGCUUAUCUCAAUUCUCUUUAAGAAAUGUCAAUACUGGUGAGAAUUCUAGUCAUUCUGAGCCGAAAAACAAUCAUAUUAAUUAUGAUCAUGAUCAUGAAAUUGAGUACACCACUGAUGGAAAAAAAAAUAAACAAGAUAGUAAUGAAAACACAAUUAAUGAUCAAAAUACAAUAAAAAUUGACUUAAGGGACGAGCAGGAUAAUGAUGAAAAGGGUAAACUAAUCUCUAAUCAAUCAACAUCUUGUAGGUUAAAUAUUAAGUUUCCAUCUUUUGGGAUAGAUAACCCUUUUCCUAUUAAAUGUACUUCAGGUUGGUCAAAGUGUUAUGAAAAAGAAAAUAAUAUCAUUAGAUGGGAUAAUAUUGGAAUGAUCCCUUUUAGAGGAACAAUACAUGAAUUAGAGAGAAAUACUUUACAAGCUAAUUUGGAGAUUGACUUAACGGGCAAAGUUAAUCAUUUUUUUAAAUCUUUAAAACAAGUAAAUUGUACUUUUAGCCUCAAAAAUAUUGUUUACUAUCCUUAUAUUCAGACCGAGCUUAAGCUUCCAGAUGGAGAAACUUGUAUUCUUGAGGGAAAAAUUGAUUUUGGAAAUAUACCAAAAUAUCAUCAAUUAGGAAAUAUUUUAGAAAUUGAUGAUGAAAAUAAAUUAUAUCUAAUAAUAAAGGUUGUUAGAAUUGACAAUUUGAUUUUAAAUAUACAUGAAGUUAACAAUAUUCUUCAAGAAACUGAAAAUGAUGAUUCUAUGGAUGUUUAUGUUCAAUUAAGUUUUGAUGGUAAUCGAAAAGAAACACCUGUUGUCUCGGGUACAUUGCAUCCGCUUUUUCAAACUGAGCUUACAUUCAUUUUAGAUUAUAUUGAUCAUGAAAAAAAACCAAGUGAACUUGAUUCUCAUUCUUUAGUCAAACUUUUGGAAAGAAAAGGCCCAAUUAUGAUUGACGUUUGGAGAAAAAACAAAUCUUCAAUGGCUCAACAUUUAGGAUGGACUGAAAUUCAUUGGAAAGAUAUUCUAAUCAAAAGCAGUAAUUAUAAUGGAAAUAAGUUUUCUGGAUUUGGAGAUUUAAAAAUGAAUCAACUCUCUCCUUUAAAAUCUGAAGCUACCAGCCCUAAUAUAAUGGGCAAUAUUGGAAAUGCAUGUAAUGGCGCCAAUGUUCUAAGGCGCCAAGAAUACAGAAAAUUUUAUGAUCGUAAUCUAGGAAAGGAAGUCAUAUAUGAAACAAGAGUAUAUCAAGAUGGUACCUUAUUAUAUAAUUUGGGUCAGAGACCAAAUUUAUCAAAAUCCUCUGGAUAUGGAGGCGCCCCACCAAGAGUGUAUUUAGAAAUAUGGACAAAACCAGAUUUGAGUAAAAUGUAUAAUAUUUUAUCAUCAUCUUUAGGUAACAAUGAGACUAAAGCUGAAGUAUCUAAAUAUUUGGUUGAUAGAUUAAGCCAAAUAGUUGGAUGGUCAGGCAUUGGCCCAUCAUUAAAGAAUUCAAAAAUAAUGUCUAAUAUAUUUUAUUGGGAAUAUGUAACCAAAUCAUUUGAAACUUGGGGAAGACAGUAUUCAUAUUAUAGUUUGGAUUCCAGAGGAGUAAGACACUUACUUCCAUCAUUUUUAAAACCAUUAAAACCGUUGACUGGCGUAGAUAAUUCUUCAAAGGUGCAUCAUUUUGUUCAUUCAUUUCCAUAUAUACCAAGUAGUAAUGAUGGAAUUUGGAGGACUCCUGACUUAUUCUUAUUAUCAAGACAAGGUACUCCAUUUGAUCACACAUUACUACAGGUUUGUCUGUUAUUGGGGUUGAAUAGGGUAGCUUUUUUGGCAUGUGGUACUCUAUUGAAUAGAGAUCCAUAUUCAUGGGCAGUAACAAUACAUUAUGAGUAUAUUAUGAAUGAAAAUGAUAAUUUCUAUAUCAAUAAUAAUAAAGAUGAAAAUAUAUUUAAUAAAGAAGGUAAUGGUACUAGGGGUAGAACUAAGACAUCAGGUAUCGAUUUUGGAAGAAGUAAAAAACAUAGUAAUAUGAGAUCAAUAUCACCAGGAUUUAUGAAAAACAGUGAUAGAAAAAAUCAUAGAUCUGAAAAAAAUAAUAUAAUUGCAACAAGGGGUAAAAUGAGAUCAUUAUCUCCCAGAUCUAUUAAUAUUGGCCAAAAAUUCAAUAAUAUAUCAUCUCCUAAAAAUAUCUCAGGUAUUAGUAAAUCAACACAACUAAUCAGUGGUGAUCAAGAAUUUAAUCCUAUUAAAGCUCAAUUCAAUCUUCAACAAAAUCCUAUACAAUUUUAUGCAUUAUUUUGGGAUACUGUCAAACAUGUCGUUUAUAGAGUUAAUGAUAUUGUUCAACCGUCAAAACAUGAUGAGUUUAUAAAUUGGUUAAAAGAGGAGGGAUAUGAUAUAAAACAAUUAAAUGAAUCUGCAUUAGAGUCAUUAUUUUCUCAACAAAAAUACUAUAAAGAUAAAUAUAGAAAUAUACAAUAUAAACCUAAUUUCUGUUUAAAAGUAGUCAAUAAGCUACCAUAUAGAACAUUGGACUUAUUAGUAAAUAAUAAAAAUAUAUAUGCAAAUAUACAACAAAUAAAUGAUCCAUUAAAGUUAUCAUAUAAUUUAAAUGAUAAUAAAUUAUGGUUUUCAUUUUUUCCAAGAAAAAUUGAUCAUUUUAAUAAUAUAUAUAUGAAUAGUAAAAUUAAGCAAGAAAUGGAAAGUAAAGGAUUAUUUAAUCAAUUACCUAUUACACAAAGUAGUUCUAAUAUAUCAGCAUGUUUUUCAUGGCCAAUAAUAAAUGUUAUAACUGACACAACAAAUAAUCAAGUUAAAAAGAAUCACAAAGAAAGAGGUAUUUAUGAUCAUAAUCAAAGUGAUUUAUUUCAAAGUAGAACUGAUCAUUAUUGGAAUGAAGAUAACGUUAAUCAAUCUAAAAAGAACCUUGGUGGUGUAUUAUCUCCAAAAUUGAUUUUUGGAUUAAAAAAGUCAGAUCAUAAUUAUAAUAACUCUAAUGAACAUCAAAAAGAUAAUUUAAAAAUUAAUGAUAAUCAUCGUUCAAGUAUAGAGAAAAAAUUCUUAGAGAAUAAUAUAAUUAUGGAUACUGAAUUAGAUUCAUAUUGUAGAAGUAUUCAUGAUGAAAUUAUGAGAUUUGUACAGAUCCAAAGAUUUCAAAAAUCACGUACUAUAGGUACAAGAUGGAAUACUGAAAAUAAUAAUAUGAUAUUUUUAAGAAUGGGGUUAAAGUUAUUAGGAAAAUGGGAAAUGUCUGAUCCAUAUACUCGUGAAUAUUAUAAAAAUAAAUGUGAAUUUUUAAAAUGGAGGGAAUCAUUUUUAUCAACGGUACCGGCUAAAUAUAGGAUGAAAUAUGCAAUAUUAACUUUUCCAUGUAAUAUACCAAAAUGGAUAGCUCAACAGGUUUGGUUUAAAUGUAACUUUUUAUCUAAUGAAACUGACAAAAGAUCAAUAUUUUCUUUAUCAGUAGAUAUUAAUAGUUGGCCAAAUAAUAUUCAAUCAAUAAGAAUAUUAAUAUUGGUUGUACAUCCUUUAAAAUCUAAUCAACUUAGAAAACUUCAAUUAUUACAAAAAAUGAAUAUAUCAAAUGAUAAUGUAAAUUUGAUUCAAGGUAAUAAAUACAAUAAUAUUAAUCAAACUCAAAUUAAUUCAGUAGAACGUUCUAGGGGAUUUAAAGAUAGUAACCAGAAUUUUGGAGCAGGCAAAAAUGAUGAUUCCAGAAAUAUAAAGAGUGAUCAUUCAAGCAAUAAUAAUAACAAUAAUAGUAAUACUAGUAAUAUUAAUAUGAAUUCAAAUAGUCAACAUAUAAAUAAUUCGGACUUAAACAAAAAGAAUAGUGAAAGUGAUAUAAUUGAAGAACUAAAUAAAUUGGAAAUUCCUGAAUUCCCAAGGGAAUUAUUAAAAGAAGAUAAAGAAAAGGAUAAUAAAGAAAAAAGAGCUUCUUCUAUCAUUUUCUCCGAUGAUGACGAGCCUGAACUUAAAUUAUUAAAUCCAUAA